AGUCCUAUUUAGAUCACAGACAAAAAGAACCAGGAAGUAAGGAGGAAUUAUUGCCGUACAUAGCUCAGGAUGUUAAAGGUGAUCACCUCCACUGCGUGGUUAUUCAUUAGCAAGAAGGAAAGUACAGGGGCGAGCAGGCUGGUGCAGCUGCAAGCCUGAAGCAGGCUGAGAUGUGCUGGCCGAAGCCAGAAGAGGAGAGAAGCAUCUUCCCACUAACCCUCAGGCUAGUGCUCACUUGAUUUUGCCCCAGGGCAGCAGGUUCCACAGAAAGCCAGGCAGCGAGGCUCUUGUUGCCCUUGUUACAAGAACCAGGCCCAUGUCUGCCGGACAGUGCUGAAGGAACGCUCUCCAUUCUGGUGAGUUGGAGCUGAUUUCCAAGCUGCCUGGUGGAGGAAGAGACAGUGGAUCUGCAGAGCCUGAGGGGAGAGGGGUAUCCUCUCCCCUGCUCCCAGCCAGGGCACUAUGGGCAAUGUCUGUGUAAGGCUCUGGGCAUAUUUGCAGCCCUUUAUCCCCUGCUGGUCUCAGGAGACGGACAAAUCAGUGGUGAUUGAGAACCCAGGAGCCCGCUGUACCCCCGAGGUUCCCAAAACACAGGAGCCCGAGAGAAGCCAGGGCCACUACUUUGUGGCUCUGUUUGAUUACCAAGCUCGGACUGCAGAGGAUCUGAGCUUCCAUGCAGGAGACAAACUCCAAGUCUUGGACACUUCCCACGAGGGCUGGUGGUUCGCCAGACACUUGGAGAAGAAAGAACCCGGCUUGGGCCAGCAGUUGCAGGGUUACAUUCCUUCCAACUACGUGGCGGAGGAUCGGAGUCUCGAGGCAGAGCCGUGGUUCUUUGGAGCAGUCAAAAGAGCAGAUGCAGAAAAGCAACUACUGUAUUCAGAAAAUCAGACAGGUGCCUUUCUAAUCCGAGAAAGUGAAAGCCAGAAGGGAGAUUUCUCCCUUUCAGUUUUAGAUAAUGGCGUCGUGAAACACUACAAAAUCAGAAGACUUGAUGAAGGGGGCUUUUUCCUUACCCGGAGGAAGGUUUUUUCAACACUGAAUGAGUUUGUGAGUUACUACAGUCUGGCAAGCGAUGGCCUAUGUGUCAAGCUGGAAAAGCCAUGCUUAAAGGUACAGGUUCCAGCUCCUUUUGAUUUGUCAUAUAAAACUGUGGACCAGUGGGAGAUAGACCGCAACUCCAUACAGCUUCUGAAGCGAUUGGGAUCAGGCCAGUUUGGAGAAGUCUGGGAAGGCCUAUGGAACAAUACUACUCCUGUGGCUGUGAAAACAUUAAAACCAGGUUCAAUGGAUCCAAAUGACUUCCUGAGGGAGGCACAGAUAAUGAAGAGCCUGAGACAUCCAAAGCUUAUCCAGCUUUAUGCUGUUUGCACUUUAGAGGAUCCAAUCUAUAUUAUUACGGAGUUGAUGAGACAUGGAAGUCUGCAAGAAUAUCUCCAAAAUGAUGGUGGGUCAAAAAUCCGUCUGACUCAACAGGUAGAUAUGGCGGCUCAGGUAGCUUCUGGAAUGGCCUAUCUGGAAUCGCAGAACUAUAUCCACAGAGAUCUGGCUGCCAGAAAUGUCCUGGUUGGUGAACAUAACAUCUACAAAGUGGCAGAUUUUGGGCUUGCAAGAGUUUUUAAGGUAGAUAAUGACGACAUCUAUGAAUCUACACAUGAUAUAAAGCUGCCGGUGAAGUGGACUGCACCUGAAGCCAUUCGUACCAAUAAAUUCAGCAUUAAGUCCGAUGUGUGGUCAUUCGGAAUUCUUCUUUAUGAAAUCAUUACUUACGGCAAAAUGCCUUAUAGUGGUAUGACAGGUGCUCGUGUAAUUCAGCUGUUGAGCCAAAGCUACAGACUUCCACAACCACCUAACUGCCCACAGCAGUUCUAUAACAUCAUGUUGGCGUGCUGGGAUGCAGAGCCUAAGCAACGACCAUCAUUUGAGACCCUGCAUCAGAAACUUGAGGACUAUUUUGAAAGAGACUAUUCAUCUUCCAAUGACUUUAUAAGCUGAACAUCGAAGAGAAAGAAGAAAUAAUAAAUAGGUGAAAAUUGAAAUUAUCAGUUCAGAAAUAUAAUUUCACCAAGCAGCUGUGAAAUCAGUUUGUUUUGACAUAUCUAGGUGGUAGGGUAAACUCAACCAUGUAUUAUAGAAGAGACUCUAUGCUCAUCCUAUUGACUGGGAAACACUGUGGGGCCGUCUAAGAUGAUUUAUCAUUUUCUCACUGCCUGGUAAAAUCAAACACACUAAAUGAAGUUAUUUUUCUUUUUAAGAGAUACUUACAUUUCUAUUUAUUGUUUGAAAUGCCGAUCAAGAGAAUCAACAGACGAUAGUCAAUUUUUACUCAGUGACUGUUGUAGCAUUUUCCUGUUUACUGAUUAGAGUGGUUAUUCAUUAUUCCUCAAAUUGCUGAAUCCCAUCAGGCUGUUAUUAUGAAGGAAUUUGAUUGCUUUGCUGCACAGCAGGACCUGUGCUUUGAGAUUUUUUUUCCUCUUUUAAAAUAUCCUGUAACUACAAUGAUGGCAAAGCCAUGUUAAAUGACUUGAUUGUACUUGAAGUAAUUGCACAUAUUUUUCCUAUGCACAAGAAAAUGAAGCAGCUGUUGAGAAAAAGAAUUAAAAUCUUUCUCAUUUUGUAGACAGAAAUGAUGAAAUUUUUCUAUACCUCAGUAUGUGUCAUCUGAGAAUCAUCUGCAUUUAUUUUAAUCUCUUAAUGUCAGGAAUCAGGUUGCAAAGCUGAUGAGUUGUUAUGCAUGGAACCACCUAAUGGUCCACAAGGCCUGAGAAACAGGCAUUAAAGUAGUAUAGGGAAAUAAGGGGAGAACGUAAGAACACUACAGCAUCCUAUAAUAAUCAAAAGUGUUUGGCAAGUUUUAAAUCAACUGCAAAACAGGCCAAGCACUGUUUCAGGUCUUGAGGCCAGGAAGAAUAAUGUCUGAACUUGGUUAUGACCUGUAGUUUUUCUCUGUUAAGAAGCUUUUUAGUAUCUUAAAUUUGCAUUAACAUUGAUAGAAACUUUACUGUCUUCUUAAGUAGUGGGCAGAUCAAAUUCUCUGCUUCAUUAGAUGACUAGCAAGACUUCUUCAAAGUGGUUUCAAAGUCAAAUAUAUAUUGGAAUAUAUAUAUAUUCCAUGAUCUCAUGAUCUUCUGAUGCACAGCACCAAAUGAAAAAGCCAAAAGAAAACAGGAUAUUUCAAGUAACUCAUUUCUCUUUAAGAGAAUAUCAAGAUCGUAACAGUCAAAAAAAAGAGUCAAGACACCAGGUGCAAUACCAUUAGCAGCCCUGCCAUGUCACUUGUCUUAGUUUCCUUUCUGUUGCUGUAAUAAAACACCCUAACAGAAAGCAGCUUAGAGCAGAUAGGGUUUGUUUUAGCUUACAAUUCCAGGCUACAGUCAUCCUUGCAGGGAAGUUGCAGUGGCAAGUGCUUGAAGCAGCUGGUUACAACAUCACAUCCUCAGUCAAGAUCCCAGAGGAAUAAAUGCAUGCUUUGCUAGCUUGCUUCCUUGGGCUCAGCUCAAUUUCUUCACUUUUAUACAGUACAGGAAUGGUGCUGCACAGAGUGGACUGAGUCUUCUCUUAACAACUAAGUUAAUUAAGAUAAUCUCACACAUGCCAGAGACAACUCACUGUAGACAGUCUCUCAUUGAGGCUCUCUUCCCAGGUUGUGUCAAGCUGACAAUUAUAGCUACCAUCAUAUCACUUAAGACCCAAAUCCUUUCAAGCCCUCCAUCCACCACUAGAAUUGUUUGCAUUCUUUGGUCAAGGAUAAUUGUCUGUGGUAACUGUUCUCUUCUUGUCUAGCAAGAAAAAUUGGGCAACUUCUUUCCUAGGCUUCAUCCCGUUUCAUGAAAACCAUUCUUAUUUUU